AUGACCACCGCGGUUCUAGCACCCCCGUCAACAAGAACAGAGCGCCGCGAACCGCUGGGCACGAUUGGAAUGGCCGCCUCUCAAGCGCAAUCGCGUGCAUCCGCGCCAGGCAAAGCUCGCGGGCCCCGGCGAAGCACGCGCAACAGCGCGAAUCAACAGGGCCUGGAGGAAAUUACGAACAAUGAUAGCAAGCGGAAAGCGAGCUACGAAGACGAUGAAGGAUUUCAAUUUGCGAGGUACCAGAGCACCCCGCAUCCGACGUGGAAAAUACCCCAGUACAAUCAACGCCACGGAGGGGGACGACCGCCGAAGAAGCGCGUGGGGGAGACUACAGCGACAACGGCGAAGGGGAAAUCAAUCGACCUUCCGACAAGGCGGCCAGCGAAAGGUGCGAUGUCUUCUGAACCGGAUCAUCAUCAAGAGCACGCGACGCGCUCAGCUCGACCCCGCGACUACCAGGAAGAACAGCCAGAACAGAAGAAGAGGAAACCCGGCCGACCGGCUAAAUCUAAAACUGCGGACGCGAAUGGAUUCAGAUCGCCAGAGCCUACUAAGGUUGCCUUGCCGGUAGCGGAUACACCAGUCAUACAGCGCAAUAAGGAGCUGAGGGGGAAGAAAUCGGGCAAAGGACGGCGACGGAUUAGUUCGGAAAUGCGUGGACGGAGGGCUAGUUCUUUGAUCGACUCGGGUGCCUCUAAUGCUUUACCGCAUCGAGAGGUUCGCACGGCCGAAUUUUAUAAACACAUUGCGGAUGAAGGUCUUUCUGAGCCGCGCAGGAUGCGGCAGCUUUUGAUAUGGUGUGCGACACGUGCAUUGGGUGACAAGCCGUCAAGCUUUCAUCAAGAGGAUCAGAGUGCACAUCUUGCUGCUCGUGUUAUACAAGAAGAUUUACAGAAAGAGUUCUCCUCGAACUCAAAUCUUUCAGAUUGGUUCAGUCGGGAAGAAUUGCAUCCAGCCUCGGUUGUGGUUAAGAAGCCCAAUCCAAGGAACGUGCAGAACACAGACAAGAUUAAGGAGUUGGAGGAACAAAUACUGAAGCUACAAAAAGAGAGACACGCUCUGAAUGCUCUUCUCAAACAACCGCCAAUCCCUCGCAUCGACACCGAAUCAAAUCCACCACCAAAGAAAUCCCCCAGAUCCAAAAACCGACCACAGAAGAACCCCCGCGAAGAAAUCGAUACCUCCCUCCUCGACCCCUCCCAAAAAGCCCUCUACAAAUCCCUCAACCCCCCCCGAAUCAACCACAGAAGAAGAAUCAUCCACCUCCUCAAAAUCCCGACCCCGACCCUCUUCCAUCUCCCCCUCAGAUGUUUCAGCCCGCCUCUCUCGAAUCACGACAGGACUCGCCCCGACACUCGACGCUUUUGCGGCAGGACUCCACGACAUCGAACUAUACCGAUCUACAGCCGAUACCUUCUCAUCACAAGUCCUACGAAUCUGCGCCCAACGUCUCGAAGAACGCGAUGCGCAAAAUAUGCUGCAGCAUCUCGCGAUCGAAGGCGAGGACAACGAGACCCAAGCUUCUUCUUCACGCGUGGCCCCGUCACAGCCACGGCCGAGGCUAGAUCUGGGGCUUAUACUUGGAGCUCUUAG